CCCGCUCGCUCGCCCGUGAGCCCUGUGCACCACAAAUCCUAAUCCUCGGAAAUUUUAUCCCAAAAGUCGUAGAAAUAAUGGACCUUUGGCCGACGAAGAGGAGGAGGACGACAGGAAAGUCCUCCUUUUGCACCCUCUCCCGCCAAUCUCGGUCUACUUCAUCCAACCCUGCAGCGCUCGUGGCGACAUCGCCAGGCUUGGUGGCCAAUUGAGGCGAAUCUGCAAACGCCGCGUCAAUCUCCUCCAGGCCUGGUCCUAACCGAGCCACCUGCUGGGCGCUGUUACAGAAUUAUCGCCACCUCUCUCGCGCACCAUAUCUCGAUCUCGCUCCUCUGCUCUUUCGUUGCCUUUCGUCUCGUUGCAAGGCAGGGUUGGGGCUUUGCUUCUGCUUCUGGUUUUAGCUGCUGAUUAUUAUCCACUUUCUAGUGAGUCCAUGGCUCGAACUUCCGGAUUCAGAAGCUUUGGCGCAGCCCAGCCCGGCCCGGCCCUGCCUCCAGCCCAAUCCAAUCCAGCCCUGUGUUCCUGACCUCAGUCCUGACCCGACCCGUGACCGCCUUGUCGGGAACACAAUGAAAUCGUGUUGGCGGUAGUGUAGUCGACGGGCACAAAAGUGAUGCAAGGAAAUUGAAUGCACAGAAGUUGACAAUAAUGAGCAUGAGUUUAUUCUGAGCCAAUGGUGUCCGGGGUCUUAUGGUAAGCAACUGCGUCUUACAAAUGCUUCUUCCUCAUUUCUGGUUCACCGCCAAACCAAUUGCCAGAGAUGUGGUGAAGAUCCAACCCAGAAUCGGUGCUUAUUAUUGACAAGAAUCGGGUUGCACGGGAUUCCAUGUGUACGGAGAGAGAGAGUUGUGACACCAAGUCUUCAGACUCAAAAAGACGUACCACGAUUUCUACGCUCAGAGUCUGAGGGAAUGUCGCUGGCCUUCUUCGGCUCUUAGGAUCACACCUUGAAAAGUUGACGAUGUGAGAAGGAAGGCAGCACGUGUGAAGCAGCAUGGAACAGCUUUCACAAUUCAACAGAAGGUUGUAGUAGUCUUUCAGUCUUCCCAUGGGUACUGCAUCUGCCGGGUUGCUUUCAUGGCAUAAUUGUACCGUGGGAACAUUACAGGGAGUAGAUGACCAACAGCAAAUAGGCUGUCGUAUCAGAGGGAAUUCCAUCAGACGUAAUUAUGGGAGAAGUUUACACAGAUUGUCAUCAUCAGGAUUGGCUGUCCGUCGAGCUUGUUUGGCAAAAUGGUAUGGUGGAAAUCGAGAUAGGUUGAAAGAAGUGCGCAGUGAAAGGACGAAACAUGGCUCGAAAUGUAACAAGUCCUUUGACACCUUAGUCUUGUCAAAAUCAUGGAAUGGACCAGGUUACCCACCGGUUGUCCAGCGAAGAUUACAAAUUUCCACCGUUGUGUGCAAUGUCGCAUCUGAAAGUGGAGCAUUUGGAAACAACGGAUCCGUCGAUAGGCUGGUGGACAUACUUACCCCUGGUCCGGAAGCUAAGGAGAAUGGGAGUGCAUCAUCGGCUGGGCCACAAGCGGAAUCGAAGGGAUUGUUUUACCAGCUUCGUCGAAUCUGGCAGGCAUUUUUGUCGAUUUUGCCUUACGGGAGCUGGUGGAAUGUCGGCGACAGAGUUGAGAAUGACAAGGCCUCGAUUACAUUUAUUUCAGCAAUGCAUAGACUUUGGGAACUCAUUUCCCCAGAUAAACUUGUGAUUGGGACGGCAUUCUUUGCCCUUGUCGUCGCAGCUCUGUCGGAAAUUACGAUUCCUCACUUCGUAGCAGCUACCAUAUUUUCGGCUCAAGGCGGACUUACAGACAAGUUUUACAAAAAUGCGAAACUUUUGGCAGUCAUGAGUUGCACUUAUGGGUUAUUCAGUGGACUUCGUGGUGGAUGUUUUGGAGUGGCCAAUCAAAUUUUGGUGAGAAGAAUGCGGGAAAAGCUUUUUACGAAUCUACUUAAUCAGGACAUUGCCUUUUUCGACAUGGAAGCUGUGGGGGCGUUGACGAGUCGCCUGGGUUCUGACUGCCAACAAGUUUCACGUAUAAUUGGAAAUGAUCUCAACGUGAUGUUUAGGAACGGCUUGCAGGGUCUAGGAGCCUUCAUAUAUUUGAUGACAUUAUCAUGGCAGCUUGCCAUAUCUACAUUUGUUAUAUGUAGUACAAUGUGGUGCUUCAUGAGAUUUUAUGGCCGGUAUCAGAAAAGCACUGCCAAGACUGCACAAGAUUCAGUAGCAUCAGCUAACGAGGUUGCAGAGGAGACACUAUCUCUUGCAAGGGUUGUUCGGACAUUUGGCACAGAGAAGGAUGAAGUUGCUAGAUACACCAAGUGGUCCAAGCGGCUAGUGGAUAUCAACCUACGGCAAAACGUUGCUUAUGGAUUCUGGACCUGGAGCUCUAACACUCUCUACAAUGCGACCCAAGUGGUUGCAUUGCUGAUAGGAGGAGGCUAUGUUAUGACGGGCCAGAUAUCUGCGGAACAGCUUACAAAGUUUGUAUUAUACUCAGAGUGGGUUGUGCAUUCGACAUGGUGGGUUGGAGAUCACUGGGCCUCUUUGAUGCAGGCUAUUGGUGCUAGUGAGAAGGUCUUCAAUCUCCUGGACCUACCUCCUAGCACGCAGCUUGUUUCCAAAGGGCGGAAGCUGCCAGAGGUGAGGGGACGAAUACAGUUCAACGACAUUUGUUUCCAGUACCCUGCAAGGCCUCAGGUUCCCGUCUUGCGAAAUGUUAGUUUCUCGAUAUUUCCUGGCGAACUUGUCGCGGUGGUUGGUCUAAGCGGGAGUGGGAAGAGCACAAUUGUAGGUUUGCUACUCCGCCUUUAUGAGCCAUCUCAUGGGCAGAUUUUGAUCGAUGGUGUUCCUCUGAAUGAUCUUGAUAUAAAGUGGUUCAGGCACCAGCUUGGAGUCGUCAGUCAGGAGCCACGUCUCUUCAGCAUGGAUAUAGCUUCCAACAUAUCCUACGGAUGCAGUAGAAGUAUAACUACCCAGGAUAUUGAAAAAGCAGCGAAGCAGGCAAAUGCGCAUGACUUUAUAAUGGCUCUGCCAGACGGCUACAAGACUAUUGUCGACAAUGUUCGUCUUAGCGGCGGGCAAAAGCAGCGCAUAGCCAUCGCUCGGGCUCUCUUGAGGGAUCCUGCAAUUUUGGUGCUGGAUGAGGCAACCAGCGCGCUUGAUUCUGAAAGUGAACAUCUUGUACAGAAAGCCUUAGAUCGAGCGAUGCGGGGAGAUGGCAAACGGAAGCGUACUGUUUUGGUCAUCGCUCACAGGUUGUCAACCAUUAGAGCUGCCCAUAGGAUUGUGGUUAUGCAUCAAGGCCAGAUUGCCGAGAUGGGCAGCCAUGACGAACUGAUAAAGCUAGACGGUGAAUAUGCUCGCUUGACACGGAGGCAGCUAAGCACGCUACCUUAGCUAAGCACCCUACCAAAAGGCCCACUUAUUCUCUGAAAGCCACCCAUUUAUUUGCAGGCUGGCUCUCUGAUGUAUGCAAAAGACCCUUGCCAUAAUGCUCUUUUUGUGUUAAAAAUAUUCUUAAUCAGGUUGGUUGGUGGGGCGGAAUAAAGGUAAAAAAUGGACUUUUUAAUGCGAAAUUGUCAAGCCACUUUUUCUUGUCGUCGCACAUUUGUUCCAGGAACUAAUCAGCCAGGCAUUCAUGUUGCCAUGCGACCCCUUGAUCAUAUCUCUCGGAUCACCACCGCACCAACCCGGAAAUUAUUCCGCUAAUCUGCAGAUUCUGGUCAAGAAAGCGUAAAAGGGUCCAGUAUCUGUAGAAGAAUGUCAAGCAUGUGCUCUGUGCAUACGUCUUGCUUGGUCCUCUAGCGCAUGGGCAGAUGUCCGUGAACAUAAAUCGGACCUUUCCAACUCAUGGCCGGGAUGUGGGGCCGAAAUGCGGGACGCGGGAGAUGCUGCGAGCACCUCAGAAAAAGGCGACGUGUCGACCCAUGAAGUCCCUGUUUAGUCAAGGCAUCGAGGCUCACGCCAAUGUGACUAUGCACUGCCUAAAAGUUGGCCAUACUGCUCACUGUAAAGGGUGACAGCCACUUGACACCAUUUCGUCUAUCUUCCUGUCGAAUUCUCAGCCUCUUGUAUCCACUCCAUGCAUCAGGUUUUUGUCCUCUGUGAUUUGCACACUUGACCCAGAGCGCUUCAAUCUGCCCAUUGACCCGGCUCGCUUUUCUCUCAGAUCUCACUUUUUGUCUCGGGUUCGGUCUACUUUCCAAGGCUUAAAGUAGCUCGAAAAGUAAACCGCAUGAAUUCUGGCCACAUGAAUGUACUUCCUUUUGGCGCACAGAACAUGAGCGACAACUGUCCACAAGCCGCGCUUGUUUGUCAACAGGAAUUCUCCAUCGCCCGUGGCACAUUCUGCAAAACUGAAGUCGAAUUCAAAGGAUGCCCAGUGCAGCAACCUCCGGGUCUUUAAAAGAAGGCCAACGGAAAGCUGGACGAUGAAACUGGCGCUUCCAGUCCUCUGUAUCGGACUGCCCAAGACCUCAUCUCCAGCGUGUUAACUUGCGAAGGCAGUGAUGGUAUCGAAUCUAGACUUCUGGAGGAGUCGAGGAGGCGCAAUACACUGCACCGGAAGUUAAAGCGGAUGUACAGCACAUCGCAGAGGCCUCUCGCCCGCAAAGACUCGUAUCGCCGAGUGGCCACAGCAGGCGCCCUCACCGGCAAAUUCCGGCGAAUGGGAAAUUUGGAGGGGUUAGGUUUUUCAAGGGAUUGGUUAGGGCCACAACCCCCGGCACCGUCGAGGACGACAGAUUCCCCUCUGCCUCCUGCGCAAGUCCUCACCACUAUUCCGCUAGUAGUAGACGAGUCUCUUUCCGCAGAGUGACGCAUCAAAUUCGGCCUCAAAGAAAGGCAUGCAAAAGAGCAACCCAUAUCGAUUCUUCCUCCUCCAGCUGGAACAACAGCGAGUUGUCGAUGUUGUCAUGGGGCCAUGAAACAGUGACGCCCAAAAGCAGAAAGUACAAAGAGUCAUGGUAAGUCAAGCCCAGAUCAGCAGAGCAGGAAGAGGAACAAAAUUGAAGAUAGAGUUCCGAGAGAUGGGAGGCAGAGAACUUCGUACGAGUUGUAGCGCAAAGUGAUCGCAUCCGACAAGACGGAACAGCUGAUGGACCCGUUCAGGGAUUUGGUAGGAAAUAUCGAUACGUAACGGAAGUAGACUUGCUAUGGCAUUGGCAUGAAACCAACUCAGCAGAGGAGAAGGAGGAACCGCAACAGGAGCUCACAGAAGUAAGUAAAGAAAACCAAAAACGUGCAGAGACACGAAGAAAAUCUUGCAAAAGUUGUGAUUAUGAUGGAACGAAACAGCUCCCCCCCCCCUCCCCCCUCCAUUUCGGGAUUCGUUAAAGAAUGCAGAGCAAGAGCAGUAAGAAAUGCGAGGAGUUUUGACAUGGCUUCGAACGAAAGAGGGAUGCACUUUCCCAGCAGAGCAACCAAGGGCAGGGGGCAGAGGGCAGAGUAAGUCUCCGAGUAAAAUGGGAGGGGGAGGGGUGGGAUAUCCGGACUUGACUCGAAAGAAAUAUCUCAGCCAUCAUUCAAUAAUUUGCGUAGGCUUUCCCGGACUCGGUAAGUGGGCUGCGAGUAAUAAGUAGGCUCUCCCGAACUUAUCUCAACACGUGAUUUGACA